AAAAGACCAGCCACGUUGUGAAAACGCCGACGAACUCCAAGCGAAUCGAAGCGAAUCGAAGCUAUUCCCCGCGACUGAGACUUAACUAAAGCCUAGCUAACAUGGUGCUGGAUCUGGAUCUGUUUCGCAGCGACAAGGGCGGCAACCCGGACGCCGUGCGCGAUAACCAGAAGAAGCGCUUCAAGGAUGUGGCACUGGUGGAGAAUGUGAUCGCCAAGGACACUGAGUGGCGUCAGUGCCGCCACCGCGCCGACAACCUCAACAAGGUGAAGAACGUCUGCAGCAAGGUGAUCGGCGAGAAGAUGAAGAAGAAGGAGCCGGUGGGCGCCAUGAGCGAGGACCUGCCGGCCGGCUUGACCGAGGACCUUACCGAGAUCGUGGCCGAGACCCUGCAGCCGCUGACCGUCAACCAAAUCAAGCAGCUGCGCAUCCUCAUCGACAAUGCCAUGACGGAGAACCAAAAGACCCUGGAGCUGGCUGAGCAAACGAGAAACACCUCGCUGCGGGAGGUGGGCAACCACUUGCACGAGUCCGUCCCCGUGUCCAACGACGAGGAAGAGAACCGCGUGGAGCGGACCUUUGGCGACUGCGAGAAGCGUGGCAAGUACUCGCAUGUGGACCUCAUUGUGAUGAUCGACGGCAUGAACGCCGAGAAGGGAGCUGUGGUGUCCGGUGGUCGAGGCUACUUCCUCACCGGAGCUGCCGUCUUCCUGGAGCAGGCACUCAUCCAGCACGCCCUGCAUCUGCUUUACGCCCGUGACUAUGUGCCCCUGUACACGCCCUUCUUCAUGCGCAAGGAAGUGAUGCAGGAGGUGGCCCAGCUUUCGCAAUUCGACGAGGAGCUCUACAAGGUGGUGGGCAAGGGCAGCGAGAAGGCCGAGGAGGUGGGCGUGGACGAGAAGUACCUGAUUGCCACCUCGGAGCAGCCCAUCGCCGCUUACCAUCGGGAUGAGUGGCUGCCGGAGGCAUCGCUGCCCAUUAAGUACGCCGGUCUGUCCACCUGCUUCCGCCAGGAGGUGGGAUCCCACGGUCGUGACACUCGUGGAAUUUUCCGUGUUCAUCAGUUCGAGAAGGUGGAGCAGUUCGUGCUUACCUCCCCGCACGACAACAAGUCGUGGGAGAUGAUGGACGAGAUGAUUGGCAAUGCGGAGCAGUUCUGCCAGUCGCUGGGCAUUCCAUAUCGUGUGGUGAACAUCGUAUCCGGUGCCCUUAACCACGCCGCCGCUAAGAAGCUGGAUCUGGAGGCGUGGUUUGGCGGCAGCGGGGCCUACAGGGAGCUGGUCUCGUGCUCCAACUGCCUGGACUACCAGGCGCGCCGCUUGCUGGUCCGCUAUGGCCAGACCAAGAAGAUGAACGCCGCCGUCGACUACGUGCACAUGCUGAACGCCACGAUGUGCGCCGCCACUCGUGUCAUCUGCGCCAUCCUGGAGACCCAUCAGACAGAGACGGGCAUCAAGGUGCCGGAGCCACUGAAGAAGUACUUGCCGGCCAAGUUCCAGGAUGAGAUUCCGUUUGUCAAGCCUGCUCCUAUUGAUCUGGAGCUGGCUGCUGCCGAGAAACAGAAGGGCAAGAAGGAGAAGACCAAGAAGGACCCGGCUGCUGGUUGAGAUUAAAGUCCCUUCAAUUACUAUGAAAUAUACUGCUAAACUAAGCUUGCAAAGUCCUCAAAAUUUGUGUUACUUAUCGACUUAUCUAAUAUUUAUGGCAUUUAUAUACAAUUUAUAACGAUUAAACUGGAUCAGGCUAUGCUUCGAA